AUUGUCAGGAAGAGACAGACACGUCCCCCUCUUCCUUCGUCUCCUCUUUCUUUCCAUUCCACCGCAUCGAAAAGCUUUUACUUCACGCUGACACACACUACACAAACCCCUAACUUUCCUUCCUUCCUUCCAUUCACUACUACUCCUUCACUUCGCUUCAAAAUUUCACCCUUCCAAAUCCCCAACUUUUACAAUUUUACUAUUAGAAUUUACCAUCUCUCUUUCUCUUCCUCAAUCCAAUCCAAUCCCCUCUCAGUCGAAGCAAGAAAACCAUGUAUUUAUCGGAGAAGCCUCGUCCCAUCGAUUUCUACAAGGAGGAAGGCGCGCGCGACAUGAUGAUCGAGGUCGUCUCCAACGGCGACCUCCCUCCUCCUCCGCCGCCGCCGCCGAUGAUUCUCGGCGAGAGCAGCGGCGAGGACCCCGAGGUCGAGAUCAAGGCCCCGAAGAAGCGCGCCGAGACCUGGGUCCAGGACGAGACGCGCUCUCUCAUUGGCCUUCGCCGCGAGAUGGACGCGCUCUUCAACACCUCCAAGUCCAACAAGCACCUGUGGGAGCAGAUAUCGGCGAAGAUGAGGGAGAAAGGUUUCGAUCGUUCUCCAACCAUGUGCACCGAUAAGUGGCGCAACCUCUUGAAGGAGUUCAAGAAGGCCAAGCACCAGGACCGAGGGAGUGGUUCCGCCAAGAUGUCGUAUUACAAGGAGAUUGACGAGAUCCUCAGAGAGAGGAGCAAGAAUGUGCAGUAUAAAAGCCCUACUCCUCCGCCCAAGGUUGAUUCCUUUAUGCAGUUUGCUGAUAAAGGUAUUGACGAUACCAGUAUCUCUUUUGGGCCUGUCGAAGCUACUGGAAGACCAACACUGAAUCUUGAGAGAAGUUUGGAUCAUGAUGGACAUCCUCUUGCCAUUACCACAGCUGAUGCUGUUGCAGCAAGUGGAGUCCCUCCUUGGAAUUGGAGAGAGACUCCUGGAAACGGUGGAGAAAGUCAGUCAUGUUGUGGAAGGGUUAUAUCAGUUAAAUGGGGUGAUUAUACAAGGCGAAUAGGUAUUGAUGGCACCCCAGAAGCCAUUAAAGAAGCAAUUAGGGCUGCUUUUAGGUUGAGAACUAAACGUACAUUUUGGUUGGAGGAUGAAGAUCAGAUUAUCAGAAGUAUUGACCGUGAAAUGCCUUUAGGAAAUUACACUCUUCACAUUGAUGAAGGAAUGGCCAUUAAAUUACCUCUCUAUGAUGAGCCUGACCAUAUACCUGUGCAUACUGAAGAUAAGAUAUUUUACACUGAAGACGAUUUCCGUGAUUUUCUGACCCGCCGGGGUUGGAUAUGUCUAAGAGAAUUUGACAGCUACAGAAAUAUUGACAACAUGGAUGAUCUUCGACCUGGUGCCAUAUAUCGUGGUGUGAGUUGAAAGCAGGUACAUGGUGUGGUCAAUGUUCAGCUACCAUAAAAUGUCUGGAGAACUGUGGUGGGGACUGUUCAGAUCUUUGAUGUAUGUGCGGCACUAACCUGGAAUUGUAUUUGUUUUAAGUUUUGAUAAUGCUGUUUAUAGUUUUAUAUAGGAAAAGGAAGUAGUCCCUUUGCACAAAUUCCGUUCCAAUCAUUGGCCUUAACAUGUCUGUAAAUAUGCAUUUGCAGUGAGAACAUAUUGUCUAAUUUUAUAGUGGAUCAUUUUCAUCACUCUUAACUCUAUGUAGCUAAGUUGGACAGAUGCAUAUUAUGAAGCACACACCUUUCUUGUUCAA